AGCACCGCUGUCGGGAUGGUGACGUUAGAACAUAAGGGGAUGGAUGUCGUCACAACAGAAGGCGACGUGUCAGGAUCAAUCGCUGGCCGCCGCCGCCUCCGGAAUGCAUGUCGUCACAAGGUCGUGGCGCAGGAUGUUGUGGGGACGGAAGUGACGUGGGUUUGUUGCUGCCCGUUUGUCGUCGGUGCGGGUUCUAGUGGAUCAGUUGGCGGCGCUGAGAAAGCGGGAGGUUCCACGGCCAUGGAUGAUUCCAGUUCAGACUCUGAUGACAGUAAACUGAGCAUCUAUCAUCAAAACAGCUUUAUGAGUGAACCAAUAUUUGAAAGAUACAGUCAAGUUAAGCCAAAAAAUAAUAAGGAAGCAGCUGAGCUUUGGUGUUCUACCAUUCCAAAAAAUCAUAUGUUUAGCAAGCGUUGGCAUAUGAUAUCCAUAUACAUACUAUGGCCAUAUUUAUUUGCUCAGAAAAAAAAGGCUGAUCGCUAUCUUCAGUGGGCCUUUGCAGCCAAAUUCAUAGAUGCAGAGAAUUAUGAUGUCUUUGAAAUGAAUGUGAUAAAGCUACAAAGUAUUGAACUUCUGGAAGCGGUGCUUGAAGCAAUAGGGAAACAUAUUCACUCCACAAAAUUUGUGUCCUGUUUGUUGGAUUUAUGGGAUAAAGUAGAUGAGAUUAAUUGUGAUCUUGACAAUGCCAUUGAUAUGAUUGAAAAGGCAGGAGAAUUUAACUCUCUGCGUGCGGAGGUGAACUCUGGAACAAAACGGUCACGAAUGGCAGCUAUUGCAAUUACCUGUUUUCAGUAUGUAUAUCUUUGUAAAGGUGGUGAGAAUAUUCCUAAGUUAGUGCCAAAGAGAGAGGACCAGAAAAGUGAAGAAUAUCGAAAGAGAGGCAAUGAAGAAUUUAAAAAUGAAAACUAUGAAGCUGCUGUAAACUGGUACUCCAAGGCGAUUGAUUUAAGACCUGACCAUCAAAUUCUAUAUGGAAAUCGAGCUCUCUGCUUUUCACGAAUUGAAAAUUACACGAAAGCACUUGGUGAUGGAAAGCGAGCGAUAGUCUUGAAACCUAAUUGGCCCAAGGGCCACUAUCGCCUGUGUGAUGCCUUGUUCUUGAUGGGAGAACACAAGCGAGCUAUUGAUGCUAAUACCAAAGCUCAAGAAUUGUGCAAGGAUGUUUCGGAUGGAAUUCGGGAUUUAAUUCAGCAGAAAGAAAAAUUCCUUAAAAAGCUGCGAGAUGAAAAUCGUGGAAGAGCAAAGGCUGAUGGGUUAAAGGAAGAACUAAACACCAAAAAGGAGCAGUCAAGGUUUUCAACUAAGCCAUUAUAUGAAAGCCACAAAAUUGAAUCUAAGAGAAACCAGGAAAGAAAUGGAUUAAAGACUCGCCUUCCGCAAUAUCCAGAAAAGACGCAGAUGCCUAUAAAUGAUUCAGACAACAUAAUGAACAAAUUGAAAACUCUGAUUCACGAUGGAUAUAUAGCCUUAUUGGACAAGCGUGCCCACAAUGCAGAACAUGCCUUCUUAAAGGUGCUGAACCUAGUGGAUCUUGAAAAACUUGAGGAAGUGUGUUUGUCCACUAACGAUUAUGUGAUAAUUAUCUAUGGUCAUGCCUGUGCCCUCCUUGGCAUUGGACUGCCUGAGGAGCUGAUUGAGGCUGAAAAUCAAUUUAAUAAAAUCUUGGAGCAGUUCCCAAAGCAGCGGCUUGACUGUUUGGCAUUCUACGGACUUGGCAAAGUGUACUUCCGGCAAAACAGAUUUGCUGAUGCUUUAGACCCUUUCACUAAAUCCUUAACUAUGGUAAACCGUAAGAUUGUUCCGGGCAUAUUAACAUGGCCCAAAACAACUGUUGUUAUUGAAGAAACACAGGAUGAAAAAUUAAAGGCAAUGUUGGAAGAAUACAUAGGGAAAUGCCGAUUCCCUCCAGAAUCUGAUGCAAUCUGCCGUUAUCAACAUUGCCAAGGGCAUUCUAAAGUGCAGAUCUACUUCUCAGACCCAGAUUUUAAGGGUUUUAUUCAAGUGAUGUGCUACCUACAGUGCCGUGUGGAAUACCAUAUCAAUUGUUGGAAAAAAUUGAAGGCAACUUCGUUUGAAGAUAAAAAUGACAAGGAUUUUCUCAGAAGUCCAUGUUUCACACCCGACUGUGGAGGGCAAAUUUCAAAAAUCGUCAUCUUUAAUUCAAAAGGCCUUAUGAAAUGUGAGUUUGAAGCUAAAAUAGUAAAAAGCAAAGACGCUUCGAAAGCAGUUGUGAAACAGAAAUGUUCAAGUGCUUCAAAGUUGAAGAUUAAAGAAGUCCGUAAGCAAGCCAGAAAACAGUUGAGAAAAGAAGCAUCAAGACACAAUGCUGAAAAACAGAUGAAAGCAAAAGUUGAAAAGAAUAGCAGCAUGGAAGAAGCCAAUUCUAAAACCGGUCAUUCCUGGGAUCCUCUUGGUGAUCGAAUGUUGCAGCUGAUAACUGAGAACAAGGAACAAUUAAAGGCUGGGGUGCAGAAUGUUUCGAACCUACUUCAAGAAUUGCUUUCAUUUCAUGUUCUAAGUGAACAGGAUUAUGACAUGCUUUCCACAAGUGCCUCCAAACCAUGCCAGGUUAUGGGCCAACUUCUUGACCUCAUAGUGCAGAAAAAUAACAGAAUAAAGACCAGAGAAUUCCUCUACACCCUUACCAAGUGCGGAGAGGUUGACAACAAGCUGUUAGAUUGGAUCAAUUGGUUAAAUGAUGCAGGCCGUGAAGCAGCAGAGCUGUUUUUGUCUCGUUACUCAAAUUGCAUAGAGCAGUUGGACUUGAGCUCUCUACUGGAAUUGCUGGAUGCAUCAAAGAUUGAUCUACCACUGUCUGAUAGCGCUAAAGAAAUUGUAGAACAAUUGAAACAGGAAUCGCCUACAAAAACCCGCAGUUUUAUAUGGAUGUUGGAGGAGAAGAGAGAACAAUUCCCUUCCCUACAGAAUCCUUUAGAUGAAUAUUUUAGUGCAAUGGAUGCUCCUUGUACUGUACUAAAGAAACAGGAAAGUGAAGAAUUAUCUAACAUUGGCCUUAAAAGUAAAAUUAGAAACAGAAAAAAAAAACCAAAGGAUUCCAAGCCUUUUCUCCUUCUGUCUGGGACGGUUGGAACUGGAACCCGUGAGGAAGAAGAUGAUGAAAUAUUCUCGGAUGAUUGCAUCCUUGCGCAAAUGAAUGCUGCAGUUCCUUUUACGGUACCAGAGUAUCUUCGCAGUCAGCUUGUUGAGUUUGAAGAUAUUUAUGAUCCUCAACUAUGCAGCAGUCAUUACCAGCGGGUCCUAGACAAUAACCCUGAUCCAAAACGUGAAAGCCUAUAUGAUUACUUUGCCCAAAUUCUGAACGAGCAUGGUCCAAUGGAAAUUGAUGACCCGAUGUUAGUUGGCGAGUUUGAAAACUUCCCACCAGAGGCCCAAGAGCUGGUGCAAAAUUCAGGUGGUUUGAAGUCAUUCCUUAUGGAAUCACUACGAUUUGUGGUGAUUAACAAUCUGAUAGGACUGAUGAAGCAUGCGGUACAAUUGAAGAGCUUGGCUUUAAACACAGCAACCAGGGGCACUGAAGAAUCAAAGAACAACUCAGAUGAAGUUUCUAAUGAAAGCUUACGUCCAGCGGCUCAUCUCAAUCCCACUGCUAAAGAAUUUAAACCUGUUUCUUUUCAUCAAUCAUCUUUAUCAUGUCUGUCAGUUACAAAUUCACUAAGUGAAAUACAGAAUCUUAAUCAGCAUUUACAUUAUGAUGCUGAACUAGGAAUUAAUAUUUCAACAGAUAAUAUGUAUAUGAAUAUUAAUCCAUACUCUGAUGAAUCCAUACCAGAUAUUCAUAGCACAGACGUCAGCUUAUUGGAUCAUAAUUUGAAGACUAGUGAUCCAUUGACAGAUCAUUACUUAGGUGCAGUUGCUUCUGCCUCUCAAUCUUCUUCAGUUUUCAAUCCAACAUUCUGUAGUGAUGUAUCAUCUAGUACUAUGCACUCUGACAUACCGCAAGUAAUCCCUGUUUUUUCAAAUCUACCUAUUACUAAUUAUAAUUACCAGUUUCAUUCUCUCAAUUCUGAUAGAGAAUGUAACCCCAUGACAAAAGAAAUAGAAAAUAUGAGACUUUCAUCUACUAGUGCUAAUACAAUAGUAAUGGACACACUUGAAGAAAUACCUCACAGCAAUUUUAAGCCUGAAGACACGAAUGGUGCAGCAAACAAGAUGAGCAGUGAGGAGUCCGAUAAUACAAAUAACAAUAAAUGUGAGAAUAAACGAGGACCAUUACUAAGGACCAUUGCAGUACAGGCUCAUCAAGAAUCUUCAUGUAAUACCAAAAUCAAUACUGAUCCUUUUCAACCAUUUGAAAAUCAACAGGGUGAUAUUUUGAGGAUUGAGAAAGAGCACAAUGUUCUGCAGAAACAGCUGCAAGAAGCAGAAGAAAAAUAUGACCAGCUUGCAGUUCGCAGCAAAAACGAAAUUACUGCGCUUGAAGAAAAGAUGUCUGAAUUCAUAGAGAAAAAUGAGCUACUAAAUUCUGAGCUUGACUUGCUACGCCAAGACUUGGAAAGUGAAAUCAAGAAGAGUCAACAAGAAAAGCGAGAAAAUAGUGAAGCCUUAAAGAUGCUCAGAUCGAAAGUUAAAUCUCUUGCUGAACUGAAUCAAAUGCACACUGAGAAUAUUCAGGAAAACGAACAGCUUUAUGAAAAACGUUCUCAAGAAUUUGAGGAAAUGAGUAAUCAGUCAUCAAGAGAAAAGAAAAAGCUGGAAGAAGCCAUUAAAAAGAGUUCUGACAUGUACCAAGAAACUAAUAAAAGAGCCAGUGAUGCAGAGGUGUCUGCGCUGGAAAGCUGGCAGAACACACAAUUGUUUUUCCAUUACGAAGCAGCUGAAGAUGCUAGAGGUUUUCUGGAUAAAAUGAAAGCAACAGCUGCCAGCAGCUCAAUCUCAGCUAUGCCACAACUACAGAGGUCAAUUGCAUCUUGGGAAUCAUUUCUUUUUGCAAUCAACCAGCAAAUUCGUCAAACUGAGAUACACUUUAAUUAUCAGAAGACUCUGGUAAAAAAGGGAACACAACUAAGCAGCCUUCCACAAGUGAAUAUUCCAAACCUCCCAGCACCACCAAACUCUAACAUAAUACUGGAAAAGCGGCCCUUUGUUGAUCCUGCUAUUAUAGCAUCUUUCCCUUCGGCAAGUGAGAUUUCAUCUAUUCCACAAGCUGGUACAACACACAAAUCUCUGUCUUCUCUAAUGCAAGCGGCCCCAAGAACUGCUAAAGCAACAACUAAGGCUCCACCUGUGACUUCUGUGACAUCCAGUUUUCAAAAUCAGUCUUCCUCCAACCAAAUUCAACGUGAAACUUCUUUGACAAAGCAUCAGUGUGCCUGGUUGCCAAUAAAUGAUAGAUCAGCAACACCUACACUACCGGAACUUGCAAACUCUGCUGAUAUUCAGCCUCCUACAAGCCAACCUGUGAAAACAACAUCUCAGCAACCCAAGAACAGUUUUGAUAAAAUCAUCAGCCGUCUUUUGGCCAUGUUCCCCCAUUAUACAAGGGCCAGUCUGACUAACUUCAUUAAAGAGGUUCGUAGUACAAAUGGUGGUUCCCUUUCUGGAUUAGUAUACGAUGAAAUAAUCAAUCGAGUGGCAGAACUCAUCUUGGAUCAUCAGGACAAAACAAGGUUUCCGUCUUCCACCGUUCAACAGCCAGCAACUCUGGUUCACCAAAGGCCAACCUCUGACUUUGCUGCUUUAUCUGCAGCAUCGAAUGAGGACUCAAGACCAAAUACUCCCAUAGCUGCUGGAAAUACCCGUUCACAGCCUUGGAAAUCUGUCAAAGCUCAGACUGCCUCACAAUGGCAUGGAAACAAUCCUGCAACAUUUGAUGACGAGCCAUGUAUUAUUUGUCAUGAGGAUUUAACACCAGACACUAUGUGUGUGCUUCAGUGCAAGCAUCACUUUCAUGAACUGUGCAUCAAGCAAUGGCUGAGAGAGAAUAGCACCUGUCCAACAUGUCGAGUUCAUGCUCUCCUGCCUGAAGAUUUCCCUGCACUGUCUGGAAUGAUAAAAAAUACACAGACCUUUCAUUUUUAAAUGCUGCCAGACCUGCUGAGUUUUUCCUAGCACUUCAUUUUUAAUUUGGAUUUCCGGCAUCUACAGUAUUUUGCUUGCAUUAAAUCAGGAAAUGGAAUCAGUCAAAGAUACGUCAAAGGGCUCUUAAGCAAUCAAGACUUUUCUGAAUCUUCAGAGGUGAGGGUUGUUUGCUAGAAUACUUUUGUCAGUAUGAGUUAGCUUUAGAAUAGCAAAACACAUCAGACAACACUGCCUGACAAAAAGACACAAUCUGUUUACAUAGACAGCUUCCACCUGCCAGUGGGCUGUUCCCUGCAAUCUCCACUCAAACCAGGAUAAACUCUUCCCAAAAAUCUUCCCAGAACCCUUUUCUCACCAAGUUGGAAGGGGGGUGAUUUAGACUUAAGGUUUUUGACUGCCUUCAGUACUGGAGGAUUUCAUACUGCCCAUUUUAUUAGAUGCACACUGCAAAAUUUAAAAUUAAUUAUAAAUGAUUUUACUACAAUGGUUCUCAAAGUCUGGUUCACAGGGAUUCUCCAGGUGGUCCAAAAUGCAGGCCCUUGACACACACACACCAUGGUUGAGGCCGCAGGAGAGAACAGGCCAGAAACUUCCACCCUGCCACUCACGUUGUUACAGAACCCAGGGAAGCCCCUGCAUGCAGAGCACGUCAUAAGCAUGGACAAGAUUUAUGUUAGUGUUAACAGCUGCAAAAUCGGAUUUUCAACACUGAAAACAGGAGGAACUUACUGAAUGCAGAACCAAACAUCACCUCAUUGAUGUCUCAUCAAAAGCACUGCCAUUCAUCCCAUUAAUUCUGAUGAAGUUUUGUUGCAGUGACAAGCAAAAGGUGGGGGUAGUAAUUUCAGGGUCCAUGACCAAGUGGACAUAAAAAAUGAGAACCACUAUUUUACUAUACUGACCUACUACAAUGCAGGCAGGAUGUGGGACUGGAAAAACAGCUCUAAUCACAAUGUGAAAUGCUUCUUUGUACAUCAUGGGUUUAUGGCUAACUAGCAGCUUCUUGAUACUGGGUCUUCGUUCCCAAAAGUCAAAGUCAGCUACACUCACAUGAAAAUGGAAGAAUUAAGCUGAGUGCAUCUACAACUAUGUCAAUGUAAGUGGGCUGAGGUCUUUAUAAUUGCUCCCUGGUGCACGGAAAGAGCCCACAGCCAUAAAACUAAUAACUGCAGACAGCAGUGCAAUAACGAGCACUGGAGUUGGUUGCAGCAAUUGAGAGGGGAAAGUGAGCAGAAAACUGCAGAGAGCGUUGCUGUGUUGCAGCACAAUUGGCUCUUGCCCUCAUUCCUCUGACAUGAAGUUUCACCUUGUACAUGUUUAAAUGGAUUUGCAAUUUGCCUUAACCUUUGCUCAUAAAUCUCCCUCGUGCAUUUCUUUGAUAUCGACAUCUCUGCCAACACUGAAGAAUAAUCGCUCAAUAUCAGACAGCAUCUAACUCUGAUCUACACUUUAAUAUUUUAAACAUAUUGAUCGGCUCACCCUCAAUCCCUAUACUCAAAGAAAUACAAGCCAAGUCAACCAGUCCUCAUAAUUUAAUCCUCUAAGCCCCAGUAUCAUUCUCAUCAAAUAUUUUCCUUCAGUGCAUCAGGGAAGAAUCUGCCAGGCUGUGGAACCGCAGAAAGCCUUUUGCAGGCCAACUCCUCUCUGUUGCUGCUGGGUCUAUAGUUACCCAGAAAGGUGGCGUCUUGAACUCAACAAAAUAUAAUUUUCACUACUAACCUAACAAAUCUCAAGAAAUCUUCUGUCUUAUUGUUGACAGAUCUGACCUUUUCCCUCCAAUACUAAACAAUUGUUUUAAUUCACUUUAGUAUUCCAUUAAAAAUCCAUUCGACAGGAAUUGCAGAACAGCUAUAAAAACAUACAAUAGACAAGAACAUUAAUGUAUGUAUGAUAAAACACAGCAGCAGAAAUAGGCCAUUCAAUGAGAUCAUGGCUGAUCUGAUAAUCCUCAACUCCACUUUCCUGCCUUUUCCCCGUAACCCUCA